AUGAGGGAGGGGUUGGAGUACAGGGGGGGAUUGGGUGGAGGGGGGGAGGGGAGGUUUUGUGGUGUAUGUGUGGGGUUGUUGUUGUUGGGGGUGGUUGGUUGUGGUUGUGGGUGUGUUUUUGUGUGGGUAGUUUUUGGGGGGUGUUGGGGGAGUUUUGUUGUGUUGAGUUGGGGGGGGAUGUUGGUUGGUGGGGGGGGUGAGGUUGUUGGGUGGUUUGUGUGGUGGUUUGGGGUGUGGGGGUUGUGUGAUGAGGGUGUAGAGUGGGGUUUGGGUUUGGGUGGUAGGUGUUGGGGGGGGUAUAUCUGGGAGUGGGUGGGGGGUGGUGAGGGGUGGGGUGGGGGGGUUUGGGGUUUGGGGGUUUGGGUUUGGGUAUGGGAUGAUGGGGGUUGGGUUGUGGUGGGGUUUGGAGUGGGGUUGGAGUUUUUUUGGUUGGGGGGGAGAUUUAAAUGGGGGGGGAGUGGUUUUUUAGUUUUGAUGGAGGAUAGUGUUGUUGUUGUUGUGGUUUGUUGUGGUUUGUUGUAUGAUUGUGGUGUGUUUGGUGGGGGGGGUUUAGAGUUGUUGUGGUAUUAUGGGGGAUGUUUUGUUUGUUUUGGGUUUGGGUGGGGGGUUGGGUGGUGUGGGGGGGGUUUUGUGGUGGGGGUGGGUUUUGGGGUUUGGGGGGGGGGGUGGUUGUGGGGUAGUUGUGGAUUGGGGGGUGGGGGGGGGGUGUUUGUGGGGGGGGGGGGGGGGGGUGGGGGGGGUGGGGGGUGGGGGGGGGGUUGUGGGGGGGGGGGUUGUGGGGGAGUUUGUUGGGGGGGGGGUGGGGUGGGGGGGGGGGGGGUUGGGGUUUGUGGGGGGGGGGGGGGGGGGGGGUGGGGGGGGGGGGGGGGUGGGGGGGUGGGGUUUUGGGUUUUUGGGGGUUGGUUGUGGGGGUUGGGGUGUGGGGUUGGGGGUUGGGGGGGGGGGGUGUUGUGUGGUUGGGGGGGUGGGGUGGGGGGUUGGGUGGGGUUGGUGGUUUUGGUUUGGGGGUUUGGGGGUUGGGUUAGGGGGUUGGGGGGUUGGGUGGGGGGGGUGGGGUUGGGGGUGGGGGGGGUGGGGUUUGGGGGGGUGGGGGGGGUGGGGGUGGUGUUGGUGGAUGUGGGUGGGGGGGGGGUUGGGGGGGGUGUUGGGGGGGGGGGGUUGGGGUGGGGUUGGGGUGGUUGGGGGGGUGUUGGGGGGGGUGGGUUGGGGGUGGGGGUUUGUGUUUGGUGGGGGGUUGGGUGUGGGGGGUGGUGGGGGGUGGGGGGUGGUGGGGGGGGGUUGUGGGUGGGGGGGGGGGGGGGGGGGGGGGGGGGGGGGGGGGGGGGUUUGGGGGGUUGUGGGGGGGGGGGGGGGGUGGGGUUGGGUGGGGGGGGGGGGGUGGUGGGGGUGGGGGGGGUUGGGGGGGGGGGGGGGGGGGGGGUGGGGGGGGGGGGGGGGGUUGUUGGGGGUGGGGGUGGGGUGGGGUUGGUGGGGGGGGGGGGGGGGGGGGGGUGUGGUGGGUGGGGGGGUUGGGGGGUGGUUGGGGUGGGGGGGGGGGGGGGGGGGUUGGUGUGGGGGGUUGGGGGGUUUUGGUGGUUGGGGGGGUUGGGGGGGGGGGGGGGGGGUGGGGUGGGGGUGUGGUGUGGGGUGUGGGGGGGGGGGGUGGGGGGGGGGGGGGGGGGUUUGGGUGGGGGGGGGGGGGGGUGGGGGGGGGGUGGGGUGGUGGGGGGUGGGGGGGGGGGGGGGGGGGGGGUUGGGGGGGGGGGGGGGGGGGGGGGGGGGGGUGUGUGUUUGGGGGGGGGGUGGGGGGGGGGGGUGGGGGGGUGGGUGGGGGGGGGGGUUUGGGGGGGGGGGGGGGGGGGGUGUUGGGGGGGGUGGUUUGUUUGUUUGUUGGGGGUGGGGGGGUGGUGGUGGGGGUGGUGGUGGUGGUGUGGGGGGGGGGGGGGGGUUGGUGGGGGGGGGGGGGGGGUGGUGGUGGGGUUGGUGGGGGGUUGGUGGUGUGGGUGGGGGGGGGGGGGGGGGGGGGGGGGGGGUUGUGUUUGGUGGGUUUGUGUGGGGUUGGUGGGUUGGGGGUUGGGGGGGGGGUGGUGGGGUUUUUUGGGGUGGGUGUGUUUUGGUGUUUGGUUUGGUUGGGGGGUUGGUUGUAUUUAUUUUAGUGGAAUUAUGAUUUUGUUUGGGUUGGGGGGGUGUUGGGAUUGUUUUUUGGGUUUGUUUGGGGAUUGUUUGUUGUUGGGUUUUUUGGGUUGGGGUUGGUUUUUGGGGGGGGGGUUGGAUGGUUUGGGUGUGGGGUUGGGGUUGGUGAUUUGUUUAGUGUUGGGUUUUUGGGGGUAG